UUCCGCUGUGAGCAUAUCGGAGAAGAGCUAACUCCCUUUCCGUUUCCUCUCCAUCGCCGCUCCUCUUACUGGUGGACGAGUUCGCCGCAUUUGCUGUGCCGCUCCGUUCCUACAUCCCUGCUUCACCCGCCUCCUGCUCUUGCGCCCAUCUCUCUCGGCCAGAUCAAUCUCUUCUCCGGCAGCCUGGACGACCCCUUGCCCCCAAAUCCGCUGUUUUUAGGGGUUUGUGGAGGUUGUGGGAGAAGCAAGGAUGGAGCCCUCGGGGCUCAACCCGCAGGCAAAUCCUGCCGUGAACCAACUUAAUUUGACCCCGGGCAUCCCUGGUACAGCCAUGGCCAUAGCAGCCGGGAUCAGCCCAACCAACGGGCUAACUUUGCUCUCAGGAUGCUCCACGCCGAUGGUGAGUGCUAUGCGUGAGGAUUCGACUCCACCAGCCGCUCUUCCGGGUUCGAUGAGUGGCGCUGCUGAACAAGAUGCUGGGUCCUCCAUCCGGUCGUCCUAUAACCUGCCUGCAGGAUGCACGCAGGUGCCGAUAAGUAUCUUGGUGUUCCAUAGGCGUCUCACCGGAAGGGGAUCGAGGUCCCGGCCGCCUGCAAUGCCCGCUGUUUCACAAGAUUCUGAAGAUGCAGCUUCUAUUCUGGCUGCUCCAAGUGAUUUCUUAUCUCUUGGAAGGGCGUCAAAUUUUGCUGCGAUGAAUCCUUCAGCACUCGCUCCAGUUAAUUGCGAUUCAGAACAGCCACCAACGCAUUUCCAACCAAAUGGGUUAGAUGCUGAAGCACCCCAAACUAGUAUUCAAGCAGAGGAGAGCCAACGAUCAUCAUCAUCAUCAGCAGUUGCCUGUAAUGGCCACAGUAACUUAGAAUCAUUUUGCCCUGCAAACACUGAUGAAACACAAGGUCAACACACUAAAGAACUGACUUCGCUGCUUGCUGAAGGUGUAACUGAUCACAGCAUGCAUAAGUACCAGCGGAAGCGAAAAAAGCUCAAGACGGGAGGCCAACUGAAUGAUCACACAGUUUUGUCAACACCAGCUGCUUUUAUGGAAAAGACACUCACUCAGAUAGAUAAGCAGAUUUCAGGUUCUGGAGAAAUUGAUACAUUGCAAAAUGAGGAGACCCCUGCACCAAAAGCGAAGCCUCGGAGGAAGAAACAUAGAGCAAAGGUAAUACGCGAAGACAAGCUAGGCAAGAAGCAAAAGCCUGCUGUUACAACGCCCGAAGUGAACUCUCCCAGUCAAAAAGCCAAGAGAAGUUAUGUACGGAAAAAUAGAAAUCUGAGUUCUCUGGAGAAGUGCUCAGGACCUGAUAACGAGCAAUCAAUUUCUGCAGGAGCAGAAGAUGCUGCUAGAAGCAGAAGUGCAGCAGUUCGGAGAAGGCUGCAGUUCGAACUUGGUGAACUAGGAGUGCAGGGAGAAGACCAAUCAUCAACUGGCAACUCACGUCACCACGUCAAGGAGAAACUCAUUCAUGCUAAAAGUUCUGCAUGUUCAGCCACCACUACAUCAUUAACUCCACAGACUGGACAUGAACUGAAUUUAGACAUGGAAAAUUCAGCGGGAGGAUUAGCUUUUGGCAUGAUUCGCAAACUGAACAAACUAGGAAGCACUCCUGAUCUUGAUGCCACAAGUAUGGGGGUGGCCACAGCGAAAGGAAACAACAAUGACCUGGAGGUGAACUACUCUAACAAAGAUGGUUUUGAUAUGCAUCGCUCGGCUACUUCUAUACCUGAAAGAACAUCCACAGAAAGUCAGGUGACUAAGGUGUCAAAAGUGGAGAAAAGGGAACAUCGACAACAUAGAGAGAGUGAGUCUUCCCUGACUGGCUCACAGGACUCCAUCAUCUUGAGGACUGCUGCUCAGAUGCUAGCAUUUUGUCAAGCUGGUGGGGUAAAAAAGAAGCGAUCGGUCAGGGUUCGCAGGAGUUCUUUUGUUCGUACUACAGAUAUCGAGAAGAAUAUUGCACACACAGUUACAAGAUUACCUCAGUCAUGCAUGGAGGCCCUGUAUGAAAGUACCUGCAUUAAAUUUAUGACCAAGAAGCGUUCACAAAGGGGACGCCUUCAUUCCCGCAGUUCCAUUCAACCAAAUAUGGACAAGCAAAACAUGUCUUCAUCUGUAAACUCUUUUUCUGGUGGAUCUAAUGGAUCAGAUGGAAAAUUUCAGCAGACUUUACUGCAGGCUCCAAAUAAUAGAAAAACCAACCUUGGUAUCUAUGAAACACCAGAAAAAAGCUCAGAAAAUACAUCAAGUGCACCAUAUAUGAAUUUUCUUCAAAGGGUUGCAUCAAGGAUGAAACAUCUUAAUUUGAACACCGGGCAUGUGCAUACGAAUGAGAUACAUCCAUCUCUGACCACGACCUCUGUUGUUUCUUUUGGAGUAACAGCCAGUCUCUCAAAUUCUCUUGUACCAUUUGGGGGUCAGAUGAUCGUUCCAUAUGAGAGGCCAUUGCCUUUAGUGAAGAAACAGCGCCCUCGAGCUAAAGUUAACUUGGAUUUUGAGACAACAAGAGUUUGGAACCUUUUGAUGGGGAAAGCAACUGAGCCUGUAGAUGGGACUGAUGUUGACAAAGAGAGAUGGUGGAAACAAGAAAGAGAAGUUUUUCAAGGCCGUGCUAAUUCAUUUAUAGCACGCAUGCGACUAGUUCAAGGUGACAGACACUUCUCUCCUUGGAAAGGAUCAGUAGUUGACUCCGUAGUAGGAGUUUUCCUCACUCAGAAUGUAUCUGACCAUCUUUCCAGCUCUGCCUAUAUGGCCCUAGCUGCGAGUUUCCCUUCAGGGCCAAUCAAUGGCAAUUGUAAGGAUGAUAUUAGCAGUCAAAACAUUGAAGAAAUAAUUAGCACGAGUGCGGUAGGAGAGAUAAGCAUGUUUGACUUUUUUGAUACUAGUCCAAGAGCAGACCUAGGAGAGAAUUUUGAGGAGCUGUCAGUCACCUAUGAGAAGAUACAUGUGGAAACAAGGAACAAUACUAGUGAUUAUGAGUUGACUAAAGGUGAAAAUUAUUCCUUUUAUUCCAAAGAACCAAAUGAAGGUUCUGGUGACCACCAAGAGACAGUAAUAGACCACAAAACACAGAAAUGUCCAGAUUUCUCCAUAGAAUUAACAGCAUCAUUGAAAAGCCCACCAGAUAUACACUUCCAGAAUGAAAUGUCAUCUCGGAGUGUUAUAGUUUCAGAAACUAUUCCUCAAUCGCGAUUUUCUUUGAGUUCUGAGAAAAAUUAUCCACCUAGAGGUGGCCCUGGUGCAGCUUCUCAGCAGCUGGGAAACAAUUUUGGUGCUGGAAAUUCAUUAGCAGAAAAGGAUGCCACAGCCAAGGAACUUGAAUGUCAAAGACUCAAAACAAUGGCAGUAAAUGAUGAUGGCGUAGGUGAACAUGGGAUUCCCCCUACUUCCAUGAUAUAUUAUCCAUUUAUCUCAGUGGAUCCGCAACAAGGAGAUGUGACGAAUGAACCAUAUGUUUCGUCUACAUCUUCUAAUAGUUCCUCGGGCUCUGCAUCAUCACUCCUAAAAAAUGGCACAACUGGGAAGAAACUUCCUCUUUUCAUGCCAUCUGAUAAUCAUGCAACACAAAAAAAAUGUAGCAAGACUGUUAUCUCAACACAAAUUUCUUCAAAAAUAAGCACAGAUCUUCCAGUCGAGUUGCAUGGCGACAAGAGCACUAAGUUUGAAGCAUCAGACUUGCAGGAGCAUGAAUCACUGUCUGCCACUGGUGGAAUGAUAGCAGAAACAGCAAACGGGGUAGAUGGAUUUGCUUCAAAAUCUGGUUUUACUUCCCACAGUGAAGUGCUGGAUAAAGAAGCACAAGCAUCAACACCAAAGAAAACAAGAACAACAAAGAAAAAAGAUACAGAAAAUUUUGACUGGGAUAAAUUUCGAAGGAAGGCUUGUGAUGAUGGCUACAUGAAUGAAAGAACUUUUGAAAGAAGAGACUCUGUUGAUUGGGAAGCAGUACGGUGUGCAGAUGUACGCAAAAUUUCUCAUGCCAUCCGGGAUCGAGGAAUGAAUAAUGUUUUAGCAGAGCGAAUCCAGAGUUUCCUGAAUCGUUUGGUCAAAGAUCAUGGGAGUAUUGAUCUUGAAUGGUUAAGAGAUAUUGCCCCUGACUCAGCAAAGGAUUACUUGCUUAGCAUACGUGGACUGGGACUUAAAAGUGUUGAAUGUGUUCGUCUACUGACAUUACAUCAUCUUGCUUUCCCUGUUGACACCAAUGUUGGCCGGAUAUGUGUAAGGCUGGGAUGGGUGCCCAUUCAACCUCUUCCUGAAUCUCUACAAUUACAUCUCCUCGAGCUAUAUCCUGUCUUGGAGACUAUACAAAAGUACCUCUGGCCUCGUCUGUGUAAACUUGAUCAAGAGACACUGUAUGAGCUACACUACCACAUGAUUACUUUUGGAAAGGUGUUCUGUACAAAAAGCAAGCCAAACUGCAAUGCAUGUCCAAUGAGAAGUGAAUGUAGGCAUUUUGCAAGUGCCUUCGCAAGUGCACGGCUUGCACUUCCCGCACCUGAGGAGAAAAGCUUGGCGUGCUCGAACAAUCAAUUCAAUCUCCAGAAUGGUGGCAUGCCCACUCUGAAUUCAACUGUCCUGCCACAGCUUGAGGGAAGUACCCAUGGAAGGGAUUUUCCCGCGAACAACUCGGAACCGAUAAUUGAGGAGCCAGAAAGUCCAAGCGAGAACGAACAUCCAGAAACCUUGGAAAACGAUAUCGAAGAUUAUGAUGCAGACACUGGUGAAAUCCCAAUAAUAAAGCUUAACCUAGAAGCUUUUGCUCAGAACUUGGAAAAUUGCGUCAAAGAAAGCAAUAAGGACCUCCAACCUGAUGAUAUUGCGAAAGCACUUGUUGCUAUUAGCACUGAAGCAGCUUCAAUUCCAGUCCCUAAACUAAAGAAUGUACGCAGGCUUCGGACAGAACACUAUGUUUACGAACUUCCAGAUUCACACUCACUUGUGCAACAGCUAGGACUUGACCAACGGGAACCCGACGAUCCAAGUCCUUACCUACUGACCAUAUGGAUGCAAGAUGACAUAAAGGAAAUGAGCAAGGCACCAAAACCAUGCUGUGGCACUCAAAUGGAAGCUGGAUUUUGUAGUAACGAGAACUGUCAGUACUGUGUGCCUGAGCGAGAACACCAAUCGCAAUAUGUCAGGGGCACGAUUCUGGUUCCAUGCCGAACAGCUAUGAAGGGUAGUUUCCCACUUAACGGCACCUAUUUUCAGGUUAACGAGGUUUUUGCUGACCACAAAUCUAGCCAUGAUCCCAUACAUGUUGUAAGGGAGCAAUUAUGGAACUUGGAAAGACGAAUGGUAUACUUUGGGACUUCAGUGCCUUCCAUAUUCAAAGGUCUAACAACUGAAGAAGUACAACAGUGCUUCUGGAGAGGAUUUGUCUGCGUGCGAGGAUUUGACAUGGAGACUAGGGCGCCAAGGCCUCUGUGCCCCCAUCUGCACCUUGCAGCAAGCAAAUUGCCCAGAUCACGCAAGUCAGUAGCAACUGAACAAAACACGGAUUCAGCAAGGGCAUCGGUUUCAUAAAGAUCAUGCUGAUGGUAAUAGCGUUAGCUCUCGAUCUUCGCAUGGGUCAUGUUAGUUUGGGAUGACAGCCCCGUUCUUCUAGAAAAAUAAACCAUGGAGUAGUAACCUGUUAAUCACAAGAUGUGGGAGCUGAUUUAGCACGGGAAUUAUAUAUCCAGUUCUUGAUCCUGUAGAAUAUCGGUUUUUUUCUUUUCCCAACGGGACAUUGUUGUAUCUUCAUUUAUUUUCCAUUCGGUUUAUCAAUUGUACUAGCUUGCAAAGGGUUCUUGUUUAUGUACGAACAUCUUGUAUAUAUCUCGUUGGCUUUCCGUGUU